GCUUGUUCCCAUUCUUGUGGGGAGUUGAGCUGAGCUGAGGGUCUUAUAUUAUACCUGUCUGAGUGUACGUUAUUCCAAUAUCAAUCACCCACUGCCACUGCCAGUGAUAUUUUCCCAUGCCGAGCGACCGCCGCCCAGAAGAGGACCCACUCCUACUAGUUCUUCCAACAACCGCCGCCGCCGCCGCAAAAACAAGAUCAAAGCGGUCCUAUGACGACGCCGUGGAGAGUUGCAUCGGAAGCUUCGGGUGGGCGCAGCUCCUGCAAGUCUCCCUCACUUCUCUCGCCUGGUUCUUCGACGCCCACCAGACCUUCAUCACCAUCUUCACCGACCUCGUCCCCACCUGGCACUGCGACCCCACCGUCUCCUCCGAGUGCCGGGGGGGCAUGAAGGCGGCCGAUGCCUGCGCGCUCCCGAGGGGCGCGUGGGCGUGGGACGCCCCGGCACAAACGUCUGUUGUGUCGGAGUGGUCCCUGGAGUGCGCGGGCCCGCUGGUGACCGGCCUGCCCUCCACGUCCUACUUCGUCGGGUGCCUGGUGGGCGGGAUGGUGCUCUCGACGUUCGCCGACUCGACCCUGGGCCGCAAGAAAAUGCUCACGCUCUCGUGCUUUCUCAUGAACGUCGCCAGCAUCCUCACCGCCGCCGCCUCCAACGUGUGGGUCUACUCGUUCUGGAGGUUCCUGUCCGGCUUCGGCCGGGCAACCAUUGGGACGUGCGCGUUGGUUUUGGCGACCGAGAUCGUCGGGAGGCGGUGGCGGGGACAGGUAGGGAUCGUAGGCUUCAUUUGUUUCUCCCUCGGCUUCCUCUCUCUCCCUGCAAUCGCAUACCUAAACUCCGGGUCCUCCUGGAGGUACCUCUACCUCUGGACCGGGGUCCCAGGGGUCGUCCACUCACUCAUGGUCUUUUUCUUCGUCUCUGAGUCCCCGAGAUGGCUUUACGUCCGCGGACUGACGACGGACUUCAUCCAAACGAUCCGAAGCAUCGCCCCACCGGACACCCGAGACUCCAUAACAUGCAGCUUCUUUGGAUCAUUCAUUAUUCAAGAAAACCAGGACGAACUCGGUUCCGCAAAUCCGACCAUGGAUUUGUACUCAGCACUAAAAGUGUUGCUCAACAAAAGUUGGGCCGUGCGCCGGCUCCUGGCGGUCAUGGGCGCGGGGUUCGGGCUCGGGCUCGUCUACUACGGCAUACCCCUGAGUGCGGGGGAGAUGCCCUUCAGCAUCUACCUCAGCACGGCCCUGAACGCCCUGUCCGAGCUGCCGGCCGCUCUAAUAACCUCCCUAGUGAUAGACAAGCUAAGGAGGAAGAGCUCGGUGCUCGGACUGGGCGUCCUGUGCUGCGUCUGCUGCAGCGGGUGCGCCGUGAUGGUCGGCGACCAGCUAAGGGUCGUGCAGAUCGGGCUGGAAGUGGUGGCGUUCUUCGCCGGUUGUACAGCGUUUAACGUGUUGCUCAUAUACACCCUCGACCUGUUCCCGACUUGCGUGAGGAGCUCGGCGGUGGCGAUGGUGAGGCAGGCGCUGGUGCUCGGCGGCGCCGUCAGCCCCUUCCUCGUGGGGCUUGGGAGGUCGAACAGGUAUUAUUCGUACGGGGUUUUUGGAUUGGCAGUUGGGGCGUGCUGCUCGGGUGUCUUUUCUUUGCCGGAGACGUUCGGCAGAAAGGUCUAUGACACUAUUGAAGAAGAAGAAGACGGUCUGCAGGAAAGAUAGACGAGAUCAAUGUUUGGGAUUUCUUAUAUUAUUUCCUACAUUUCAUAAUUCAUAUUGUGGGGUUGUUUUUAGGAGCUUUUUCCUUGUUUUUAUUGUGUUUUGGGGAAUAAUAGUAUGUCAUUACCAAACAAAUCUAAAAAGUGAAAUUUGCAGUGAAUAGGACUAAAACAAAAGCCAUUACUCAACGUAGGACUUAAACUUUUUUAUUCUCUAAAUAGGAUUUAGGGGCUGUUUGUUUCAGCCUCUUAAUGGUUCAGAUGUCUGAAUGGUUCAGCACUUAAUGGUUCAGACUGUUUGUUUCAGCCUCUUAAUGGUUCAGAUAUCUGAAUGGUU